UUGGGCAUUCUCCUUAUGUCACAAAGAGAGACUGCAACCAACCAACAGCCUUUUCUUGGAGUUCCCUCUUCUCAGUCUGCUGGAGGUAUACCUUAUCUGAAGUCUUUUUUAGUUGUUGUUGUUGCUAUCCUGAUAACUUCCAUCAUAUCUUGGCAACACGCAAAAAUAGUCCAGAAAGGGACGCAAUCACACGUUUCUUUCCCAUGUGGAAGUUUCUCUGUAGUUUCCUUCCCAUUCGUGUUACGUUCGACAAGAGUCGUUACUGAAAAUGGUACUUUUCCUGCGUCCAUAUUUGUAGAUCGGAAUGGUCUUAUUUCUAGAGUGGUUCCAGGUUUGGUUGAAGACUCGAGUUGGGGUUGCUUACAUGAUGUUGGAGAUUUGGUAAUUAUGCCUGGACUGAUUGAUCCUCACGUUCACGUCAACGAACCAGGAACUAAAUCCGAAGGAUUUAACACUGCAACACUUGCUGCGGCUGCUGGAGGUACUACGCUCAUUUUCGAUAUGCCCCUGAACAGUCAUCCAGCUUGCACAACUUAUGAGUCUAUUUUGGAGAAGCGCAGAAUUGCCAAUUCUAGACAGCUGUGGGUAGAUGUUGGGCUCAUUGGUGGUAUGAUUUCUGGAAACCUUGAAACUUUGAGUGAUCAGAUAUUCCGAGCUGGUGUAGUUGCGCUUAAGAGCUUUACUAUUGACUCACAGGCAUAUGAUUUCCCCCCAGUCUCUAUUCAAGAAGCUGAACAAGUUAUGCGUGCUUUAAGAAAUCUGUCUAUUGAUGGCGAGAUAAGAUACAUGAUACAUGCUGAGCUUGCUUCGUCAAAGUUUUCACCAAACAACUAUGAGGGACCCUCCAUGAGUUAUAUGGCUUUUAUGAGGUCACGCCCAGACUCUUUUGAGGUAAAUGCAGUCCAAGCAUUAAUCGAACUUAGCCGUAAGACCCAUUGUCCAGUGUAUAUUGUUCAUAUCUCGUCGGCAGAUGCAGCUGAACUAGUAAAGCAAGCAAAAGAAGAGGGCAUACAGAUUUUUGCCGAAACUUGUACGCAAUAUUUGGCAUUUGCUGCAGAUGAUAUUCCGGAUGGUCAUCCAGAGUUUAAGUGUGUUCCUCCUAUUCGUCCCAACGGGAAUCGAAAACGUUUACUACGUUAUCUAUUGCAAGAUAAUCUUUUUGACCUAAUAGCAAGCGAUCAUGCUCCAGCGACUCCCGAAGAAAAGUGUCUCGAGCAAGGAAAUGUACGAAUGGCAUAUGCAGGUAUUUCUGGCUUACAAUAUAGACUACCCGCAGUCUGGACUGCACUUAGAUCUUAUGGUGUCACUUUUGAGCAACUCUCCUACUGGCUUAGUCUAUCAGCUGCUCGAAUAUUCCAUGUUGAUGAUAGAAAGGGUCGUAUAGCAUCAGGUAUGGAAGCAGAUUUUGUAAUAUGGGAUCCUGAGUCAUUGGUCAACAUUACGGAGAAUUGGUGUUUUCAUAGACAUAAAAAGUCUGCUUUCCUAGGAAAACAAUAUUACGGAGAAGUUAAGGAAACUUUUCUUCGUGGCUCGAGAAUUUUCAAAAGUGACGCAGAACGAGGCAAGCUAGGAACUGUCCUCCAAUACCCUCGAGGAAUAAUUAUUAGAAACAGACUUGUAGAAGAAUAGUAUCUUUUUAAGAUACUGUGAAUUUAUGCAU